CAGACAGACAGACAGACAGACAGACAGACAGACAGACAGACAGACAGACAGACAGGACGUCCUGCAGGACAGACAGGUGUUUGGUUGGCUAAAAAACUGUUGGGCAUGAUAUCAGAACAGUGUGUGAAGCUGCAGGAAGACGCCAGGAAGUAUAACAGAAGAAAUGCAAAGACCGAGGACCGAGAUUAUCAUUCAGAUGUAGAAAACGAGCGGCAGAGAUUUGAGAAGAUGGUGGGCGACCCUCUGCAGGCCGUGGACCCGGAGCAACAGGAGCUGUCAGGCAGGAGGAAACACGCAUUAGUCAGAUCAAAGACCUUCGACCACUCUCUGCUGACUCAGGUCCAGACAGAAUCAGACCCAAAGAUCGAGAGGAAGAAGUCUCAAUACAGCCAGCUUUCGAAAAGCAAUUGCCAGUACCAUAAAAUAUUUAAGGAGAUCAGCAAAGAGGAACUGCUCAGACAGAGUUACACAUGUGCUCUGCAGAAAGACAUCCUCUACCAGGGACGGAUGUUUGUCUCUGACCAUUGGAUCUGCUUUCACUCUAAGCUGUUUGGCAAAGACACAAAGAUCGCCAUCCCAGUGAUGUCCGUCUCGUGCUUCAAGAAGACCAAGACGGCCAUCCUGCUGCCAAACGCGCUGGUGAUCGGCACCGCCAACGACAGGUACGUCUUCGUGUCCUUCCUGUCCAGAGACAACACCUACAAGUUCUUGAUGUCCAUUUGUUAUCAUCUGGAGGAGAAGAGUCCAUGCAGCAGCCCCGUCUCCUGCUCAGCUGAGAAUAGCUUCAGAGGUCAGAGGUCACCUCGGUCGCCUCGCUUCCCUCUGAGUUUUCCAGGUGAGUUCUGUGAUCUGGACGUAGCAGUGAGACAGAGGAGGCAGGAGAUGGAGGAGAGCAGCAGCUCCGACUCUCAGACCCCCAACUACGACAAGAAAGCAGGGUUCCCUGUUCCUCCGUUUCUGGAUGUGUUGAAGCGCACAGACAGUGCAGCUCCACCUGAACAUCCAGACCAUCAGCACAAAGUGAAGAGCCAGCACCAGAACAAGCAGAUCCCAGACAACUCGCAGCAUGCUCCACACCACACUGUUCCGGGCUCAGAGCUGGUGAUUGACAGCAGAACUCUGAAACCAGUUUCUCUCAACACACUGCUGUUGGCCUACCUGUUACUAGUGUGUGUCCUGUUCCUGUCUUCCUGUUACCUGGCCUUUAAGGUCGUCUCAUUAGAGCAGAGAAUGACUACGCUCGGCUCCCUCUCCGAGUUCCCCCACCAGGAAAAUGGAUUUCUGGGGGCGAAUGACGUGAACACGGAGCUUUUUUCUGAACUGCUGUCCAUUAACCUGAUGAAGCUGGAGAAGGUGCAGAAGAACCUGCAGAGAUUGCUGGAUGAAGCUGCCUGAAUGUUCUGAAACCAGUAGACUGCUUGAGCUGCAUACAGUUCUGUAAAUAUGUAGUUUAUUAGAUGUUAUAAACUGACCCAAACCGAUAUGUAUUAAUGCAAUGACACAAAAGGGCUUGAAAAUCAUGAGCCAUCUUUAAAUACUGUUAAAGAGUUCAGUUGUUUAAUUUAUUUUAUUUGGAGAGUGUGUUUAACUGGUAACCACACCCACAUGUCACAGCGUACUGACACGCCCAGGAGUGCACGACUACAUCACUGCAGAAAGAUGAGACAUUUGUCCCACUCAAGCCAAGUCAACAAAACAUUUCAAUAUUAUUUAGAUGAAUUAAAAACGCACUUUUUGAAAGGGUUGAAGACAAAACAAGGACAAAACCCAACCCGGUCAACACCAUGGUAGCAACCUGUCAAUCACAAAUGUGUCUUUUUACUCAAAAUGGGACCAUAAUUAACUUAAUGAACAUCUUGCUUUGUUGGAGAAGAAUAUAAACCAGCGAUUUAGACUGUACAAUCAUGUUUAAAAUGUUUACUAAGGUACUAAAUCAAGUAAAAAGUAGGGUUAUUUGUUCAUAGACUUCUAUACAAUUGGGCUUCUUUUGCAACCUGUGGACAGGCCACCAGGUUGCCAUUAUAAAGAUGCAGGUAUAGGUCACUUCAGCAUUUGCUUCACUUGUUUAGAUUCAGGGAUUGUGUAUAAACUGAAAAAAAAGGCAAGUCAAUAGCUUGGUCAUAUCUUGUCUCAGUACAUUUGACUGUGAAUCAAUGAAGAACAGAACUUUUACAAUGCUGAAAUUGAGUAUGUUGUUCCAAAAAAACAGCUAUGUAAUGUAGCAUGUGUGCUAACAUGUUAAAGUUAAUUUAUACUGCAACGAGGAUACAGGAUGAAGUACUUCAACCCACUUUGUAGGAUUUCCUAUUGCUCCAUGUGAGAGUCGCAGUCCAUAAUUCCACGACAUCUUUUUUACAUUUCUGUGUACCAAAGACCUAAUUUCAGACUUCUAGCUACAAAAAUGGUCCAAAAAUAGACUCAAUAAUGCACCACAAUUGUUAUUGUUUUGUUCACCACUGACAGUGAAAGAUAAGUAAUUUAACUGUACGUGUGCAUCGAACGAAAAACUUGACAUGCAACAAUGAUACAUUUUGAUUUAUUUACUCUCUAGCUAAGUUCCGCACAACAGACUGUUACACAUAUGACUGUUAUGAUGUACUGUAAAUAUAGAAAUUAAACACAGAUUUAAUGAUGUGAUUUAUUUUCUUUUGGUGAAUAAAGCUCUUUAUUUUCUUUA